AUGGCAAUACCUGCACAAGGUACUGUCAAAACACUGCCUCGUCUUCAAAUUAUUGACGAAAACCAAGCUUUUACACAAGAGUUGCCCGCUUAUAUGAAAGAUGAAUGGAAGCUUGCCGACUGUGGCUUCAAUUAUAAUUUGGUGGCGGUUUUUGGUUCACAGAGUACAGGGAAAAGUGGGUUCGAACGACGAUUU